AUGGCUUCUGGCAGUAUUCUGAGCAUUGAUAAGUUGGCGAUUCAUGAUGAUACCAUUAUAAAAAAGGACAUUUAUCCAUACACCCCAUAUACGACGACAUUUGAUGAGUCUGACGAAAUACGUAUCGCUAUACAGAGUAAAGAUACAUAUUUACUCCCAUCCGAGUCAUUUUUAUAUCUACAGAUUGUGGUCAACACAACUGGUACACAUGGUAACGAAGACCCAGAGAUAAAAUUCGUCAACAACUUCGCCUCAUUUUUAUUCAGUGAUGUGAGAUAUGAAAUUAAUGGAGUUCCAAUAGAAAGUGUUAGAAAUGUCGGACGCGCAUCAACAAUGAAAUUAACGGUGGCAUCACGCUUAUCACAUCUGAUUGGUUAUGCUUCAUUCUGUAAAACGUUUGAAUCUACAAGAGCGCGACAUGCAAAUGAAGCAUCAUACGAUAUCGCAAUACCGUUGAGCGCAUGGUUUUUAUUUUGCGAUGAUUAUCGUAAGAUAAUUUUGAAUUGUCGACAUGAGCUAAUUCUCAAUCGAUCACGUCAAAGUCUAGACUGUACCAUGGGAGGUGGUUCGACGGUUACUUCAGCUAAAUCAAGUGUAACGUUGAAAAAAAUCGAAUGGAAAAUGCCGCACAUAACAUUGUCAGAUCAUUUAAAAUUGAGUAUGCUCAACUAUCUGUCAAAAAAUCGUAAAAUUAUCGUGCAACAUCGUUCCAUGGAUAUGGUUGAAUAUCCGCUACUACCUGAAACGACUAGUCAUAUAUGGUCAGUCAAAACGGUCCCAUAUGCAAAUAAACCUAGAUUUGUUAUAGUGGCUUUGCAAACAAAUCGGAAUGGGCAGCGUGUUAGAGAUGCUUCAAAAUUUGACACAUGUUUUGUGAGUGAAGUACGCCUGCAUCUGAAUUCACAGAUUUAUCCAUAUAACAUGAAUUCUCUUAACAUCGGAGGUGGUAUAUAUUCUGAACUAUAUGCUAAUUAUGCGGCCAUUCAAUCAUCAUACUACAAUGGUGUAGAAUCUAUAAAUCCAUUCAAUGUAAAUUUCGGAGCUUUCCAAUCUUCACCGCUUUUCGCAUUUGAUACAUCGCGUGCUGAUGAAAGUCUUAUAGGUGGUUCUAUUGACCUUCGAGUUGAAAUAAAAACGCGUGAGAAUAUACCAGCCAACACUGCAGCAUAUUGCCUCAUAAUAUAUGAUAGCGAAUUCGUUUAUUCACCGUUUGACGGUAUCGUAGCACGAAACGUAUAA